UUUGACAUUUAGUUUUGAUAUACUUGUGAUCAACAAAGGAUAAUAUUAAGUAGGCACCUAAAUAUCUUUUAGAGCCUUAAACCUUCAAUUCUAAAAAUAUAAGUAUAUAUAUAACUGACGUAGAUACACACAACUUUAAAAUCACUUUAAAAAAAAAUCAUGCCUAAGUAUUACUGCGACUAUUGUGAUACAUAUUUGACGCAUGAUUCCCCGAGUGUAAGAAAAACUCAUUGUACUGGAAGAAAACACAAGGAUAACGUUAAAUUUUACUAUCAGAAAUGGAUGGAAGAACAAGCGCAAAACCUUAUUGACGCUACGACAGCCGCAUUUAAAGCUGGUAAAAUUGCACAAAAUCCAUUUGGAAAUAAAGGUGCUGCUAUUCCACCUCCCUGGGACCCUUCCGUUAUGGGUCCAGGAGGACCAAGGCCACCAGUACCAACACCUGGUGGCCCACCUGGCAUGAUACCACCACCAUCUAUGGGUCCUGGUGGGCCUAUGGCUCCACCUAUGAUGAUGGGUCCACAUGGUCCUAUGCCUCCAAUGAUGGGUAUGAGGCCACCAAUGAUGGGUCCACUCAUGGGCCCAAUGGGCCCGAUGGGCCCCAUGGGACAGAUGCGACCACCUUUAAUGAAUGGACCUUCUAUGAUUAAAUAACAUAAGGUGAAAGUUUCAGACAAUGAGUGCGAGGAGGGACUGUUUAAAGUUGAAAUAUAGUAUGAUUGUAAGUUUCAUAUACUUGUGUCAAAUAAAUAAAUAAUUAUAAA